AUGCCUCGCGUUUCUAAGAAAGCCGCCGAGGAGGCAAAGGCAAAGGCUGCCGCUGCCGCUGCCGCUGCCGCUGCCGCUACUGCGCCCGCGGUCGCUCCUGCGCCAGCACCUGUCAUCGCACAAGCCCCUUCGGCUCCCAUCCAGCAAGUGCCUUCGCAUCCGCAGCAAAUGGGCAUCCCCCAGGGGACCCUUGGCCUCCACCCUACUCCUGUCCGACACAUUGAUCCCGAGGGUUUCAUUCGAGUCCGCGACUCGGUUCAUCAUCGCCUGCUCACCAUCUUGGAGCUCAUCAAAUCUUUCUCCGUCGACUAUUAUCGCCAGACUAACUUGCUCCUUGGAGAAGCCUCAACUGAAAUCCCUGGCAUCGACGUACCCCUGGGCAACCUCGAGCAUGCGGUCCAGAACAUCGCGGCCAUCCCAGGGUUGAUGCAAAGUGCUGCGGAGUACGGUCCGCCCGCUGAGGAGAAGAAGGAGCGGAAGAAGCGCACACAUGACCCCAAUGCGCCCAAGCGGCCUUUGACGCCCUAUUUCCUGUACAUGCAGACGGCCCGUCCUAUCAUUGGCAACGACCUCGGACCUGAUGCACCCAAGGGCGCCGUCCAGGAGGAAGGCCAGCGGCGCUGGAAGGCCAUGGGCCAGGCUGAGAAGAAUGGUUGGAACAACGCCUACCAGUACAAUCUUCGGCUCUACCAGGCCCGCGUUCACUCCUACAAGCACGGCAACCCGGAUGCCAAGCUCAUGACUGAUGAAGAGGCUCUUCAGUACGCCGACGCUAAUGAGAUUCCUCUCCCCCACCUUGAGGAUGACACGGUUCCCGACGAGGAAGACGCGAUCGCCGAACAGCUCCGGCAAGCCACGCCGGGUACCGAGGCGGAAGAGGUUGAAGAAGAAGAGGUGGAGGAGCCGCCCGCUCCUACCAAGACCCCCAAGAAGGCCAGCCGAAAGCGCAAGUCGGAGGCGGCCGAGUCGGAGCCUGCCAAGUCGACCCCUGCCGCGGCUGUGGCUUCUGCUGUUGCUACCCCCGAUACGAAGAAGCGACGCCGUACCAGCAAGGCUAUUGAAGCCGAGAGCACCAGGGAGGAGCCGGUCAAGAAGAGCCGAGCCAAGAAGGCCAAGAACUGA